AAUGAUAAUACAACAACUGGCAACUCCGCCAAAAUCUCCUUCCAUUUCAAUUCAAUCCAAAUUCUUCUUCUUCACCCUCCUUUAAAUUCUUAACAAUUGCAGUAAUUUCCAUUUUUUUUUUCCUUUGAUCUUUUACCAGCAACUCGUUUAGUGAUGUCGAUUCUCACGAUCGGCCGGAGGAGGAUUUCGCCGAGGAAUGCUUGGGCCGCUGGUUGCCGGUUACUCUCUCCCUUCACCUCUCAAUCUCCUUCUGCUUCAAUCCCUCAGUUUUCGUCGCAGCAGACGCCCGAAUCCCUUCCACAUCCAUUUCCUCCGCUUGGGUCCCUCAGUUCCGGUCGGGCAUGGCUUCAUUCACAUGCUAAUCGUUUCGAGGCUUGGAUCAAAGGCGUUUCGAAGAUAUGUCGCUUUUCUAGCCAGGCUUUAGACGGUCUUCCACUUUUUAGGUUGGUGGAUAUACCCUUGGCUCAAACUGGUGAAGGAAUUGCUGAAUGUGAGCUUCUUAAAUGGUUUGUGCAAGAGGGGGAUGAAGUUGAGGAGUUUCAACCACUUUGUGAAGUUCAGAGUGACAAAGCAACAAUUGAAAUAACUAGUCGCUACAAGGGAAAAGUUGGUCAACUUUUAUACGUUCCGGGGGAUAUUGUGAAGGUUGGAGAAACUCUUUUAAAAGUACUCGUCGAGGGUUUCGAGGAUGAAAUCCAGGUUUCAGGGUUAACUGAAGGGCAUUUGGCAAAACCCGAAGUAAAAGAGUCCCGACAGGACAAAACCAAAAAUUGUGGAGUUCUGUCCACACCUCCUGUCCGGAAUCUUGCAAAACAAUAUGGUAUAGACAUAAAUGAUGUCAGUGGAAGUGGUACAGAUGGAAGGGUAUUAAAAGAAGAUGUUCUUCAGUAUGCUGUCGAAAAAGGAAUUCUUGAAGAACGUGUUUCUUCUGCUGCUAGCUUUAGAGAGCAAUUUGAUGAAUCAGAGACUCACACUCAUGCACCAGAUGGAGUUACGUGGAGCUACGAGGAUAAGAAAGUUCAAUUGAGAGGAUUCCAACGAGCAAUGGUUAAAUCUAUGGCCAUUGCAGCAAAGGUUCCCCAUUUUCACUACGUAGAGGAGAUCAAUUGUGAUGCACUUCUGGAGCUUAAAGCAUCUUUCCAAGGAAAUACUACCGAACCAAAUGUCAAACACACGUCUCUUCCGUUGUUGAUAAAGUCGCUUUCUAUGGCAAUGAGCAAAUACCCGAUGCUAAAUAGUUGCUUCAAUGAAGAUGCAUUUGAGGUCACUCUCAAAGGCUCCCAUAAUAUUGGAAUUGCCAUGGCUACUCCACAUGGUUUGGUUGUGCCAAAUAUAAAGAAUGUUCAGUCCCUUUCUGUUUUGGAGAUCACGAAGGAGCUGUCACGCUUACAACUAUUGGCAAUGGAAAACAAGCUUAGUCCUGGGGACAUAUCCGGCGGCACAAUAACAUUAAGCAAUAUUGGAGCCAUUGGUGGAAAAUUCGGUUCUCCUUUGCUCAACUUGCCCGAAGUAUCCAUCAUUGCAAUCGGCCGAAUCAAAAAAGUUCCACAGAUUACCGAUGAUGGGGGCGUGUACCCCUCAUCAAUCAUGACGGUUAACAUUGGUGCGGACCAUAGAGUUCUGGAUGGAGCAACAGUGGCUAGGUUUUGUAACGAGUGGAAGCGAUUCAUUGAAAAUCCAGAACUUCUGAUAUUGCAUAUGAGAUGAGAGAGUAAUAUAUCUGUAUUUCUCCUUUUGAUAUAAUAAAAAUGAAAGGGGCCGCCACAAGAAGGAAAGAAAUAACGAAAUCUUACUUUCAAAUGUCA